AUGGAAAACUUAGAAACCACCCUGACAAGUCUGGGAAAGUGCAGAAAGGCAGAGAGGCUGGUCAUCCAAGCUCAGGAUGUUGAGAGCAGAGUUAUUGGAGCAACAUCCCACCAUGCAAAUGCCUCUAUGACUAAUGUCCAAGAAACUGAGGAGACUUCAACAAUGAAUUUUGACAAAAAAGUGUCCUCUUUGUCCAAUUUUGUAAAGAAAUCUUCAAAAAUUAUGUCUAAAAUAGCACGUUCAUUUCAUAAGAAGAAAUCCCUCAAUGCUGACUUAGGAGGAACUACCUCUUAA